GCGCGGCCGCGGCAGUCGCAGCGGGGCCAUCUUCAGCGGGCGAGCGGGCUCGGCCUGUGCAGCCCGCACCUGCGCCCCUCGCCCGGCCCGAUGGCGCCGCGGCCGCUGGGCCCCUUGGUGCUGGCGCUGGGCGGCGCCGCGGCGGUUCUGGGCUCCGUGCUCUUCAUCCUCUGGAAGACCUACUUUGGCCGCGGCAGGGAGCGGCGCUGGGACCGGGGCGAGGCCUGGUGGGGCGCGGAAGCCGCCCGCCUCCCCGAGUGGGACGAGUGGGACCCCGAGGACGAGGAGGACGAGGAGCCGGCGCUGGAGGAGCUGGAACAGCGCGAGGUGCUGGUGCUGGGGCUGGAUGGCGCGGGCAAAAGCACGUUCCUGCGCGUGCUGUCGGGGAAGCCACCUCUGGAAGGCCACAUCCCCACCUGGGGCUUCAACUCCGUGCGUCUGCCCACCAAGGACUUUGAGGUGGACCUGCUAGAAAUUGGUGGCAGCCAGAACCUGCGCUUCUACUGGAAGGAGUUUGUGAACGAGGUGGAUGUGCUGGUGUUUGUGGUGGACUCAGCGGACCGACUGCGACUGCCCUGGGCCCGACAGGAGCUGCACAAGCUGCUGGACAAGGACCCUGACCUGCCUGUCGUGGUGGUGGCCAACAAGCAGGACCUGAGCGAGGCCAUGAGUAUGGUGGAGCUGCAGCGGGAGCUGGGCCUACAGGCUAUCGAUAACCAGCGGGAGGUUUUCCUCUUGGCAGCCAGCAUUGCCCCUGCAGGACCUAGCUUCGAAGAGCCUGGCACUGUUCACAUCUGGAAACUGCUCUUGGAGCUUCUCUCCUAGGCUGGAGCUCUCCUGCUCGCCACCUGCCUGUCAAGACCACAGUUGUACUGCUGCUGUUUCAUUGCCAGACUGGGCCUGGGGCAAGAGCCACAUGACAGCAUUUCUCUUCUGCCCUCCUUUCCCUCUCAAGAGCAGGGCGUGGGCAAGGCCAAGAACCAUGCAGAAGCUUUCCUGGUGAGGUGGCCGUGAAGCCGAAGCUGGGAGGUGGGUGAGACAGAGGGUGGGGAGGAUAGUGUCUAGCUCAUUCCAGGCUGGAAUGUGGAUCCAGCUUUCCCUUCUGUUACCUGUACAGUGAGAUACUCAGUGGGCUCAGUCCUCCGUUGCAGGGUCCCGGUAGCUGAGGAACCAGUGUAGGUGUCAGAAAUGUUCCUAGAGCCUCAAGGUCUCUCCCAGUCUAGACUGUUCCCUCCUGGUGACGUCAUGCUUUUCUCACGUGGGCAGCUUCUGAGUGGUAACACAGCCAGCCUUUGUUCCCAGUCCUGCAUUGUACAGCCCCAGCUCCACCUAAAUGACUUGUGGCCUUGUGCAAUCUCUGCCUCUCUGGCCCCAGAGCCAUUAUUUUUAAAGGGAGGUGGUUUCCCAAUUCGGAGAUGCCUUUCCCAGCCAUGGGAGUAUGAAGUGCUAGGAUGAACCUGGCAAUCCUAGCAAGGAGCUUUCUGAAGACCUCCCUGCUUUUCCCUGAGCCCAGGCCUGGCCUGCCAGCCUCUUUUGACUACAGAAUAACAUAUUCACCCACCAAACAGAAAAAGUGAAGGCUGGGUUUUUUUCCCCUCUAAUCUGUAGACAAGCUGCUGCUCUUGUACUAACUGUGCCAAUGCCCAUGUUUACAUAAGUCAGGGGAAUGAAGGAGCCUGUGUCCCUGGGAUGAGCCUGUGUCCCUGGGACGACAGUCAACUGGAGCUAGGUGUUGACCUCAGAACUGCAUUUUAUUUAUUUAUAAGAGGAACAGGCCAGAGUUCUAGGCUCUGUUUCUAGGUGCUGUUAUCAAAACCCCAGAUGAUAGUGAUGGAAAAUUUGGAACUUAGGAAAAUAGCUGGAAUCAUGAAUGACAAUGAGAUAACAUACAGAUGUCAAUGGAGACAACGUUGUAGUUCCUCCUCCCACCAGGCUUUGAGGCUGUCUUCGAUGUCAUAGUACUUUACAUGGAUUCACAUGAACUAAAACUCCACCACUUGGCCUAGGAUGUUGAAAGGGUGCAAAUUUCUUCUGGGUAGAUAAGAAAUGGCUCUGGGAGAGGAUUUCCCUUAUGUGAAUCUAGGUAAAAAGAUGGAAAAAAAUUGUAUUAUGUGAUCCUAAGGACAGGAAUAGCAGACCAGCCAACGGGGUGGCCUUGGGAACAUCACUCAGCCUUUCCGGGCCCAGUUUUUCCCCAGCGAAAGGCGAGUUGGACUGAGUUUCUGGAGUUCUCAUCAGUGCACACUCCAUGGUUCUCCAGUGCUUGGCCAUCAGCCCAGUGUAAGGACUGGCUCUGUACUGACAUGUAUUGUUAGUACAGGCAAAGAGGAGCCUAUUGUCUGUUAGGGACCACUAAAUCAACAACCACAAAGGGAUUUUUUUUUUUUCUUUAAGAGGAGCUGUGCACCUCAGUUUGCUGUCUAGUUGAGAAUAGAGAUUGUGUGCCUUCAUUUCAUUUGACAUUUACCCAGCAUGCCUCAGUUCCACACUGUGACCAGUGCAAGAAGAAGAACUGUGAUAAAAGCAGUUCAACAGGCCGCAAGGAGGGUGGGAACUUCUGAAGUCCAGAAGCAAGUGCGAUCUUUGGAAUAGAGGCUGCUGUGCCCUUGAGCGCCAUGUAAAGAAUCACUGUUCUUUAGAGUGCUGGUUCACUUUCUGCAGUAAGAAGUGGUUUAUGUGCUCCUAUGUAAAAUUUUAAGGAAGGACUUGGGUUUUAGAGUAGCCUUUGAAACUUUGCUGGCAGCUUUUCAUUUUGUCAUUGGAAGGGUAAGAGACUUUUCUCCUUUGUUCUAUGAACUUGUUCUUCAGCGCUUGAAGGUGUUAACAAAAAAAACCUUAGACAACUUCAACAUAGUUUAAAAACUAUGUUCUGGUUUUGAGCAGAAAAAAGAUGCAUGAACUGGGUAGUACUUAGCACCAAAAGCAGUUCAGAAUGCUCAGCCCCACAGUGUGUGCAGGCUACAUUUAUAGCCAGAGAAACGAAAAUAACUCAGAUUGCCUGAUUGGCUGCAGUCUGGCAUUUGUCUUAUUUGAACAUGUUUUAGCAGCCUUCAGCUGAUGAUUGACUGACGGUUUGGCUGCUGUGAUUGGCUAAAAUUCGGCUACAUGUUAGAAGAACAUACUUUUCGGUUAGGUUAUGAGUUGUUUACACUUUAAGUUACAAUUCACUGUGUACAGAGGCAGCUUUAGGCCAGACUUAAUUCAGCUUCACAGUAUCUACCAUUUUGCUCAGUCCCUUAAUUUUGAGAGAUUGACCAAAAUCCCAGGUACUCACACCACCUUGUCACUAUUUGACCUCAUUAUGGAACUCACAGUUUACAAUGUUAAAUCAGUUAGAGGAUUCUUUAUGUCUUCAUGUUUUUGUUCCUCUAACCGUAAUGAGACCACUUGAGGUACAAAGGAUGAUGGCACUGGUGGACUUACGACUACAGCACAUCAGUGAGGACCUUAGGAUGGCCAUCAGGGCAUAAUACCAAGAAACUGGAAGGCAUUCCUAAAUAUGAGUCUCCACAAACCAAACUGAUCGGAAUCAGACAACUCAAGGUCACAGUCACAAUGAUAAAAAAUAGUUCAGCAGCAUUCAAGCUCUGUGGCUCAUAGCCUGUUCGGGGUAUAACAGCAAUUAAGGACAUAGUUCACUAUGGAGUAACUGAAUUUUAAGGUUUUUGAUUUUUUAGUUAGCUUGGUAACAAAAGUCAUAGUGAUUGGGAUACCCACUAAAGGAAAGAUCAAGAUUAGAAAACCUUGAACGGCUCAGCUUGCUAUCUACUAUUCAGGAUGCCUGCAAACCGACCCCUAGCUGUUCCUGCAAACACAUUACGUGUUCCUUUUCCCUGAGAAAUGUCCUUGAUGUGUUUGGUGGCAGUAUCUACAGAAGCGGCAGCCACCACCGCCUUUUAAAGCUUUCCAUAGUAGUAGAAUCGGGAAAGAUAAGCACAGCGUUCGGUUUUGUUCAGCACCACACACAAGCUCCUAGCUGGGCAAAGGAAAUCUAAAGCUGCAUGAAGUUCCAUUAAGUGUUUUUGUUGAACACCGAUGGCCUCAUCCAUCCAUCUGUGGCUUCUACCAGUGUGAAUCUCCAUGCUACAAAAUUUUUUUCAAUUUAGCAUUUACUUUAAUUUCCAUACAGUUGGCACUCCACUGCCACAGCAAGUGAGUCCCAGGAACCCCACUGGAACAUCUGCUCGGUGGAAACUUACUCAUCAUCUGUCUCAAGGCCGGUAUUCAUUUUAGUCUUGGACCUCUGAUUAUGGGGACUUUCAGAGAAAGCUGUUUGCAAGGCGAGUGUGAAUCAGGCGAAACAGCAAGAUCUGAAGUCAGGACAGAGUAAGCAAAUUAUCCACAGACCUCAUAUGUACCCUCUGAAGCUGGAAAGUGGGGGCCACCUGGUAGCAUUUCAGCAGGGGUCACUUACAUUCCACCAUAAGUCUGCACAGCUCCAAAACAAGAUCCAGUGGGGAACUUGUUUUUUUGUGGUCCCUUUAUAGCAUGCUGUAAGGGUGCAUAACCACAGCCAGUGAGAAGGGACCCUACUGGAUUUAACCCAGUGACAUUAUAUAAGCAAUUGCUUGGAGCCACAUAGAUAGUUCCCAGGUCCUGAAUAUGUGACGCCUGAAAGCAUAGGUGUAGGCAGUAUUCCUUGCAUAGGCAUUACCUGGACAGGUUUUCUGUAUUGGCACUUAUUAGUUAUUAAUUGAAAAGGUCAGAGUACCACUUCCAGUGAGCGUAGGGAAGCAAGUAGUGGUGUUUAGAAUAUCAAGGUUAGCUGCUGGGCGCCGUAGCUCACGCCUGUAAUCCCAGCACUUUGGGAGGCUGAGGCAGGCGGAUCACGAGGUCAGGAGAUCGAGACCAUCCUGGUUAACAUGGUGAAACCCCUUCUCUACCAAAAAGUACAAAAAAUUAGCCGGGGGUGGCGGCACACGCCUGUAAUCCCAGCUACUUGGGAGGCUGAGGCAGGAGAAUUGCUUAAACCCAGGAGGCGGAGGUUGCAGUGAGCCAAGAUCGCACCACUGUACUCCAGCCUGGGAGACAGAGUGGACUACUCUGUCUCAAAAAAAAAAAAAAAAAAAAAGGUUAGCAUUCCACUCUUCCUUUGGGGUUUGGGGUUUUGGGGUGACUCAUUGGGAACAUGAAGAGAUACUGGCAUUAAUGGAAUCGUUUCCUGAUUUUGGCAUUAACUCAGACCCAACAGUUACUCUAGUUACUUGCUAGAGCAUUAGCUUUUGCUAAAGCCAGCCCCAGAUUAUGGUCCCAUGGAUUUUCCCAUAAAGAAAGGGAAAGGAUUUGGGGGCAGAAAAUAGGAAAUAGAGGGAAAAAGAUAAGAUUUUUGUGAUUGCAGUGAAGUCUUCAUCCACAAUCUAGGGAAAGCUGUUCAUGUCUAGGAUACCAUCUGCUUCUGGGGAAAAACUUCCCUGGUUAGCUUUACCUUAAAGUCUCCAACAGGUGCAUAGUUCCAGGAGUCUGGAGAGGUCCUUUUGAGCUGUGAGAUGUGGACCCACGGUUCGAAGCCCUGAAGUUUUGCCACAGUGUGGGUAAUAGAAGAACUCGGUAUCGUCUCUUUCUAUGAGGUUUAAGGGCACUUUUUCCCUGAUAUCAUCUCUAGAAGACCCAGUCUCAGGUUACAGAUUGUGAAGGGUUUGAUGGUCCUCUGUGGGUCACAGGAAGUUUAUUUUGUCAAAAUACAGUGUGACAUAAUGCGUUAUAGCUUUGUAGUAUUUAGUCAUAUGAGCAUUUAGGAGAGUAGAAACUACGUGAAGUUCUGUUAGGAGCACAGGCUUUCUAGUAACUAUUUCAUGGGGGUCAAUCUGUGUCCUGUCGUGGAUCUGAUCGGCGGACCAAAGGCAAUGGUUGACUUUCUUCUUCAGAGAUCAGAGAAAUAAAAAUGAAAUUCAACGGCCAGGCGCGGUGGCUCAAGCCUGUAAUCCCAGCACUUUGGGAGGCCAAGACAGGCGGAUCAGGAAGGUCAGGAGAUCCAGAUCAUCCUGGCGAAC